GAAUCCUUAUCCGCUCUCUUGAGCUCUCUUGGCUCCGGAGGAUAAACGUAGUGAGCAUGUGAGCCGCGAACCCUUCGCGUUCCAAUGCAGCCGCCCGUGACGCCGGCGAGCACCAUCUCCACCGGAACAGCCCCGCUUCCACGAUCACCCACCAUCUCCUCGUCACCAUCCGCCGCAACGAGGAGGCAGCUGUUCGUGUCCGCUGGCGGCCUGCUCCUGAUCGUGGCCACAGGCAGUAACAAUGCCAGCAGCAAAGGAGCAGCGGCCGCGGCCGGCUACGACCCGGUAACGGAGGCGGAACGCGCCGCGAGCGCCGCUGUCUCCCUGCGCGUCGGCGAGGCCGUCCGGCUGCUCGACCUCGGGCGCGAUCUGCAGGCGCGCGGCGAGUUCCCGGAGGCGCUGGCGUCCUUCACGGCGGUGGUGAGCGGGUACAAGGACCUGGCGCUGUCGGAGUACGCGCGGGUGGGGCGUGCGCUGGUGCUGUACGAGAUCGGCGACCGGGACGAGUCCAUCACGGAGAUGGAGGACGUGUCGGUGGCGCUCAAGGGGUACCCGGAGAUCCACGCCGCGCUGGCGGCCGCGCUCUACGCCGACAAGCACGCGCCGCUGCUCGCCGAGAACCAGUUCACCAUCGCCACGCUGCUGGACCCGCACUACACCGACCUCGCCUACGUCAGGGACACCAAGCACUGGCCGCCCAGCCUCGUCGCCUCCCUCAAGAACUUCUUCACGCUCUCCUAAUUAGUAGAAUCCUAGCUGCUGCUACAAGAUCGAGGUUAACGCAUGCAGCAUCCAUCCAUCAUAGUAGUAAUUUCUUGCUGAUCAUUUUCAAUUUCUCUGGCACAUGCAUAUACGGAGAACAAAAUGGUUCCCUCCAAGAGAAAACAUACACAAAGAUUUAUCCUCUUUGCAA